GCGAAGCGUGUCAAACUCGAUGAUACUCCCGACGUGACCAUGGUGACCGAAACGGAGCUAGUUGCAUCUACUCAGGCUUCGUCCAGUCUACCCUCCGACGGCCAAAAAGCUCAAGUAAAAACUGAGAGUCUACUACCCCCUAGCCAUAUCUUGCUUGGCACAGCUCCACCAGCUACUUCGGAAGAUGCGACAAUGCUAAAGAUCAUGGAGACCGAUGUCGGCAUCUCGGAGUACAUCGCAAAGGAUGUCCCGAAAAUUGAGGGCAUCAUCAAGCAGAGAUUCACAGACUUUCUUGUGUAUGAGGUCGACCUCGACCACAAUGUCGUACACAUCAAAUCGUUAGAGAUGCCCACGUCUGCAGGGAAGAACGCUAAACCUUCGGAAGAGGCAGCUACAUCUGAACCUCCCAACACCGAAGCUGUCCCUGCUGAACCGGCUGCGGCUCCAGAAAAAGUUGAUAUUCCUGCCUCUUCUUCAGCUCUAGUGUCUGAGCCCGCCGACGCCACUGCGCCUUCGGAGUCAGCUCCUGUUACCCUACCUUCCGAAUCCAUCGAGGCUCCUGCCACUACCCCCGCCAUAGCUGCCACCCCUGCUGAACCAUGGCCGGAAUCAUUCACAGAACGACUUUCUUCCUUCAUGUCUGAAGAGAAACUAGCACAACUCAAGCAGAUGUUUUUGGAAGGUCCUGAGCCACCUUUUGUUCCCGACGCCGGCUGGGGCGGCCGUGCGCCUUCGAAGCUGGCUGAAGGGGAGAGCGCUGAUGGAAAUGCUGCUACUGAGGAUACAGUCAAAGAAGAGGUCAAGGAAAGUCCCGCGAAAGAGGAGAAGGGCAAAGGCCGGGGGAGGGGUAGAGAUAGGGGCGGAAGGGGUGGAAGGGGUGGAAGGGGCGGACGAGGUGGGGGAAACGGUGGCAGGCCUGGUGGGAGAGCAGACCAUCGAAAAGUCGUGUCCGAUCCCAUUGCAUCAAAAAGCAAGCGAACCGAGUUCCAUCAAGCCGUGAGGGAGCUUUUCGGCGGCAAACUCGAUAGCGAGACAGAUACAUCUGCUCCUGCUGCUGAUGAUGAAGGAUCGAGGAUUGUUGUCAAAUGGUCUAAACGGGGUGGAGGCAGAGGCGGUGGACGCGGUGGUGGACGUGGCGGUGGCGACAGAGGUAGUAAGGGUGACCGACCCGCACGCGGGAACUACCCUCCCUACAUACAUUUCACACUCCAGAAGACGAACCGCGACACCCAAGACGCACUUGCGUACCUCGCUCGUACUCUGCAUGUCACCACAAAGGAUCUCUCGACUGCUGGUACGAAAGACAAGCGUGGCGUGACGGUUCAGCGCGUAGCUUUACGCCGUGGCGCCAAAACAGUGGAGGAUGUAUGGAAACUCGCGAACGGCGUGCCCGGUCGAAAAUCCGCAGAAGAUGCAGUGAAGGAACGCGGUGAGCGCGGUGUUCGCAUCGCUGAUUUCAACUACAGAAAGGCCGCGUUGGACUUGGGCAUGUUGAAAGGGAAUGCAUUCGUUAUCACCUUGAGAAAUGUACAGGUGGACUCUAUGGAUACUCUGGACAAAGCCAUGAACUCUAUCAAGGACCAUGGUUUCAUUAACUACUAUGGCAUGCAACGAUUUGGUACUGCAUCGAUCCCUACCCACUCAAUCGGACUCGCCCUCUUACUAGAAGACUGGCACCGUGCGGUCUCUCUCAUUCUGCGGAACAGGCCUGGCGAACAUCCCGAGGUCGUGGAAGCUCGGCGUGCUUGGCUAGAAGACAAGGACCUCGAUCGUGCUUUGGAACUUAUGCCUCGCCGUGUUGUCGCUGAGCGCUGUAUCCUCGAGAGCUAUAAAAAGCAGAAUGGUGAGACUCGUAAUGCAUUUGGAGCAUUGUCCACGAUCCCUCGGAAUUUGAGAUUGAUGUAUGUUCAUGCGUACCAGUCGUACGUCUGGAAUGCGAUCGUCUCCGAGCGUAUGCGGACGUAUGGAGCGGACAAGCCAGUUCCUGGUGACUUAGUAAUGGACGAUACCCCUCAGGAAUCUAACAUAGAUGCUGGCUCAGACGGCGAAGCGGAUGCCGAUGACGGUCCCUCCAGGGGCGGAAGGAGGAAUCGGAAACCCUGGCAGGCCCCGAAGGUCAAGGUCCUUACUGCAGAGGACGUCGACAAGUACACAAUUUUCGACAUCGUCAUGCCUCUUCCUGGUAAAGACGUAGCAUUCCCCGGUGGAGAACUGGGCGAGAAGUACAAGGAGUAUCUGCGCAAGGAUGGCCUCGAUCCUGAUAACUUCCAUCGCCGUCAAAAGGAAUACAGCUUGAGUGGCUCAUAUCGCAAAAUCCUACACCUACCAAAAGAGCUCUCGUGGUCUGUCUUGCGAUACACGGACCCUGACGUCCCUCUGGCUCAGUCAGAUGAAGACCAGUUGCUCGGGUACGACGCACCUGCAAUCGUUCCGGACGGUAAAUUCGUCGCACUUCAGAUCAGACUUACGCUCGGUACGGCCGCAUACGCCACUAUGGCCCUUCGAGAGGUCACCAAGACCGAGACGAGCUCGCACUUCCAGACAGCACUGACACAGGCCUCGCAAGAUCAGCAAUUUAGAGGCAGCGGUGAAGGUGGCGCUGGUACCGGUGCUGAUGAGAGUAUGGUGGUGGAUAGCGUGGAUGCGGUUGAAACCGAGCCUGUGGGAGAGGCUGAGCUUGUGGGCGAAGCUGACGAGGCAUAAGAAAUCUUGUACGUUCCUUGUGCGGAGAUGUACGUUGUGGCCACGUCGUCUGUACUGUUUGAACACGACGUUGGUGUUGCC